AUGCGGGCCCUGGUGCAGCACACCGGCCUUCUUUUUGCCCGGAAAAUGGGAAAAACCAAAAGCAACAAGAAGGCGGAGCUGAAAUUCGACCUCGCCAAAGAGGCGUACCCCCGCACGUUUCCCUUCGAACAAGUUGACUCCCUUCCCGCCCUGUGGGGUCAGGUAACGGUGAGGGCCAGUAGAAAUACUGCCGACGGAGGUCAAGAACAUCGUGAUGCUGAUGCAGCUAUGCAUUGAAAAUAUGUCUGGGUCUGGAAGGUUGGAACUUGUUACGCUAACUUUGGACUCUAAGUAAAAAAACUGUAUUUUUGCAUGACCAGCAAGAGGAGUCCAGUUUGUGCUACGCGAGGAGGACAUUUGUCAUGCGGAAAAGGCAUUAGGAAGGCCUCUAAAAAUAUGUGAUGCUAGAUCAUGCAUUACAGAGAUCCUGACUCCUGCAAAAUAUUAUGCAUGACAAACCUGGCAAGAACCUUCGAGACCCAGACAUAUUUGCAUUUGAUAGCAGCUCUUGAGUCAACCUCCUACAACGCGACGGAGCACUUCCGCCCAGAGGUGCUCGAUGUCGGCCGCGACGAGAAUGGAAAUGUCUUGUUUACGUCCGCGGUGCGCGACGCGUGCGCGUUUGUUGCGGCCAAGCAGAAGAACAAUAAAGGGCCCGUAUCCUGAUUAAAAACGUCCCCACACCAGAGUCAAGAUCAUGGGAACUCUGCUAGACAAAUCAGCCAGCUUUGGUUGUUUCGCAUGACAAUUCUGUCCUCGUAGUGUAGUCCUGUUUUGCUAGUUCAGCAGCAUCACAGAUUCUAGCAGCGUCACAGAUCUAGCGAAAAUGCUUCUCGUAGGGCUCCGCAUGGGAAACUUUUUUGGCAUGCAAAAUUGCAUGACACUUCUGGGGUGGGGACGCUUUUACAAACAAUAGGCCGGCCAAUUAUUACGCAAAGUCUUCCAAAAGACAGCUUCGUACGUGGGUGGGCGCACUCCGGUGUGCCCCGAGCUGGAGAUGUGA